AAUGACACCAGAUGUGUUCUAGAAUCUUGAGGACAACGAUGGCUGUCUCUCCGCUAACGGGAUUCUAAAUCUAAUACCGUUCCUCCUCCCAUUACUUCAUGAACGGGGAUGACUACACAAGGCAGCUGUUUUCCCAGCGAAAACAAUAUCGGCUAGGUGACCAGUUCUACCGGGAGGCCAUAGAACACUGUCGCAGCUACAACGCACGUCUGUGUGCCGAGCGGUCGGUCCGCAUGCCCUUCCUGGACAACCAAACUGGCGUGGCCCAGAACAACUGCUACAUCUGGAUGGAACAGCGCCACCGCGAGCCAGGUGUGGCUGCUGGACAGAUGUAUACGUACCCUGCACGGUGCUGGAGGAAGAAGAGGCGGCUCCACCCCCCUAUGGACCCUCAGCUACGCCUCUGUGAACUACGACUGGAGGCAGAGCUGGCCCCGAAGAAGGAGCCCUCCCCAGGAGAGGCCACAGCUCUGGAGACCCUGCUCAGAGGGGAGGGGCUACUGGAGAAGAAGAAAGACAUCAUCAAGGAGGACGAGACCCUUCUGGAGAUACAGAGGGUCUUGGAAGCAGACGAGAAUGGGGACGGUUUCCAUGACGACGAUGACUUUGAAGUGGACACUCCGAAGAGGAAGCAGAGGAAAGGAAGGGGCAGAGGGUCCAGUCGCAGGAGGACAGAAGCUGCUACCAACGAUGAUGUGGAUAAACCUUACGUCUGUGACAUCUGUGGCAAACGCUACAAGAACCGCCCAGGCCUGAGUUAUCACUACGCCCACACACACCUGGCUGAGGAGGAAGGGGAGGAGGAGGAGAGGGAGGAAGAGAUGCCACCGACCCCGCCACCACACCGACCAGACCCAGACCCAGACAACCACAAACCUCAGAGGGCGGCAGAUGGCUCCAUCAUCCCUAACGACUACUGUGACUUCUGUCUGGGAGACUCUGACUCUAACAGGAAGACUGGCCAGGCUGAGGAGCUGGUGUCCUGCUCUGACUGCGGUCGCUCCGGCCACCCAACCUGUCUGCAGUUCACAGACAACAUGAUGAUGGCGGUGAAGACCUACCAGUGGCAGUGCAUCGAGUGCAAGUCCUGCAGCCUCUGCGGCACCUCAGAGAACGACGACCAGCUGUUGUUCUGUGACGACUGUGACAGAGGAUACCACAUGUACUGUCUGAAGCCCCCCAUGACCAAACCUCCUGAAGGGAGCUGGAGCUGUCACCUGUGUUUGGAUCUGUUGAAGGACAAGGCCUCAGCCUAUGAAGAGCCAUAGCAUCACACACACCAUAAUGGAUUUACAGGCUCAGGGCGUAAUGUUCAGUCUCACCUCGUUCACUUUCUCAGUUUCUUGUGUGAGGAGAAAGUGCUACCCUCUACCUCUGAAAUGGAAACACAACCCUACAGAUGCAACACUUCUACAACAUGCAAUCCUUAUCUGCCAAUCAGUUCUCUACCUCACAACUUCCCAACCAAUCACAGACAGAACCCAACAGGCAAACAGGAAAUACAUUCCACCAGUGAUUUACCAGGUAUCAUGUGAGGUCAUAAUUAAGCGACAUAGGUCAGGACCACUUUGAACCAAAAUGUCAUUCUGUGCUAUAAAAAAAAUGUAUUUAAUAAAAAAAAUCCACAAAGUAGAGUAAUUCGUUUAAAUAGUAAUCUUGUUCCACAGUGUUUGACACUGCUGUUGUACCAUGUCGUCUCAUCUGACUGUUAGCUAACUAGAGAUGUUUGUCUUAGCUGAGAUCAAAAAACACUUAUGUGCCUGACAAGGAGAGUCUGUGUCUGUUUGACAAACAUUUGAUUUCGUUUCCAGUCCGGUCCUUGUUUAGAUUUCACAGUGACGUUCUUUCAUAUUUUGCACCAAGACAUAUUAAAUAUUUGAAAUAGCAUUACUCACAGGACUUGUCAAACAUCAUUUUAUCAAGGUGUAACGCAAUCCCUCUUAGGGGGUCGUUGCAGCCACUAUUUUAUAUUUCAGUUAGUUUUUUUUUUUAUCCCAGUUUGUGGUUACUAGGAUACUAAGUACCCAAUGACAACGAUCUAAACAGUUAUUCAUUUAAAACUGGUCGAAAUGUCUGGUUGUUGUGACUGUUGCUGUGGACGGAUGCUUUGUUUGAUAGAGAAAGCAAUGCAACACAGUGGCAGCCGUGCUCCACUUCAGAGUCCCCUAUCUAAAUCACGUUCCCAUACAAGAGGACUUCAGAGUCCGCUAUCUAAAUCACGUUCCCAUACAAGAUGACUUCAGAGUCCCCUAUCUAAAUCACGUUCCCAUACAAGAGGACUUCAGAGUCCGCUAUCUAAAUCACGUUCCCAUACAAGAUGACUUCAGAGUCCCCUAUCUAAAUCACGUUCCCAUACAAGAGGACUUCAGAGUCCCCUAUCUAAAUCACGUUCCCAUACAAGAUGACUUCAGAGUCCGCAAUCUAAAUCACGUUCCCAUACAAGAUGACUUCAGAGUCCCCUAUCUAAAUCACGUUCCCAUACAAGAGGACUUCAGAGUCCCCUAUCUAAAUCACGUUCCCAUACAAGAUGACUUCAGAGUCCCCUAUCUAAAUCACGUUACCAUACAAGAUGACUUCAGAGUCCCCUAUCUAAAUCACAUUACCAUACAAGAUGACUUCAGAGUCCCCUAUCUACAUACAAGAUUACUUCAGAGUCCCCUAUCUAAAUCACAUUCCCAUACAAGAGGACUUCAGAGUCCCCUAUCUAAAUCACGUUCCCAUACAAGAUGACUUCAGAGUCCCCUAUCUAAAUCAUGUUACCAUACAAGAUGACUUCAGAGUCCCCUAUCUAAAUCACGUUCCCAUACAAGAGGACUUCAGAGUCCCCUAUCUACAUACAAGAUUACUUCAGAGUCCCCUAUCUAAAUCACUUUACCAUACAAGAUUACUUCAGAGUCCCCUAUCUAAAUCACGUUCCCAUACAAGAGGACUUCAGAGUCCCCUAUCUAAAUCACGUUCCCAUACAAGAGGACUUCAGAGUCCCCUAUCUAAAUCACCUUACCAUACAAGAUGACUUCACCCUAUCUACAUACAAGAUUACUUCAGAGUCCCCUAUCUAAAUCACGUUCCCAUACAAGAGGACUUCAGAGUCCCCUAUCUAAAUCACCUUACCAUACAAGAUGACUUCAGAGUCCCCUAUCUAAAUCACGUUCCCAUACAAGAAGACUUCAGAGUCCCCUAUCUAAAUCACCUUACCAUACAAGAUGACAGAGAUACAAGAGGUUUUAGCAUGUCGUUUAAAUAACUUUGUUGUUGUUGUUGUUGGGAAAAUUGAUGUAGGACAUUGGGACAAUUAUAGGACUGCAUCCAUAGACCAGAGAGAGACAUAUUCACAUAGAGACACAAUCCAUUCACACUGGGUCACAAACAUACACAAGACACAUACCUCGUAGCUCUACCACCACGUUUCAGUCGGUGAAUGGUACAAGGCUAUCGUUCGACUGGCGCGUAGGAUACCUCGCAUUGUCCGCGUUAUCAUGCGCGCGUUGUUUUUUUUUGUACAUUUGUAUCUUAUGUUUUAGUAAAUGUCAACUUGUUUUAUAGGCUUCCCCUUCCACUUUGUAUAUCAUUCAAAACUUUUACUGUAAAACUUUCCAAAAUUCUUAUAUACCGAUUCACGUUCUUCCACGUGAACAUGGUGGCGAUAGAUUGCACUGAACAAGGUCAUUAUAGAUUACAUUAUAGGACUAUUGGAUAGAUUUUAAAGAACACGGAAACACAAUCCUGAAACAGUGGUAGAAGACCUGAAAUUGUUUUUAGCGAUGUUGUUUUCAAAAAAUGAAAAAUAAAAUUUAAAAAAGUAUUUAAUGCUAAAAAAUGAAUGACGACGUCAUGACUGGAAAUGUCUUACAGCUAUUUUCUUAUUUUGUUUUUGCGCUUUUGUGUUUGAUAUUGUUUCUCUCCUCAGACAAUCAUGAAGUAGACUAGAUACUGCAUAUCGCUCGAGUACCCAAAGGGUACCCUAUUCCCUAUAUAGUGCACUACUUUUGGGCCCUUGUUAACAGUAGUGCACUAAUAUAAGGAAUAAGAUGCCAUUUUUGAGAUGCAUCCAUGAUGUUAAUUAACAUCUGAAUGGUUUCCUUGGUUUCACCCCCCCCCCCCCCCCCCCCCCAUGUGGGCUGUUUUAACAACUUCCUGUUUAUAUCACCAUGCCAACUUCACACUCUUGAGAAAUAUGUGUGUCAAUAUAAUUUUGUUUUAUAUUGGAGACCAUCAAUUAUAUAUGGAUACUAUUUUGUGUCGGUUUUGGGUACAUUGUUAAACGUUUGUAUGUAUGUUUUAGUUUUUUUUGUGUUGAAAUAAAGAUUUAGUCCUUGGUUAAA